UGAGAGGCGCAGUACGGUUUUUAAAUCCACCAAGCUCUCACCGCACUACUCCGCAGCGUAGUGCUCUUAUGUUUGUCGUUGCAGAGGCAGUGAACACAGAAAGUCCUCGUCCUCUCUGGAUUUUUUUGUGGAAACUGACAUGGCAAAAGGAAAGAAAAAUGUACUGAGAACCGACAAAAAGCCCGAGGACAGUGCAGAACAUAAAGUCACCUCACGGAAAGAGACGAAGGAAAACAAACCAGCAGCUAACAAGGAUUGCGUAGGUACAGUGCCAUCAAUUUUUCAGAGUUUACGGAGUCCAAAAAAACCGAGAUCCCCGCUGAGUGAUGGUUCAAGCAUGCUGAUCCAGGAAGGAAAUGAAUCUGAGGCAACUACUCCUGACAUGUCAAAGCUGAAAAAAGACAUGCCUGAUGAAAUAAAGUCUGAGAGUUGUGAGCCCAAAGAGCAGAAAUCUGAAAUGGCCUGUCUCAGUCAUGGAAUAAGAGAACAAGUAGAGCAAAAAGAGUCCACGACACACACAGAUACCAGGUCUGCAGCAGACAUCAAAGUUUCAGCAUCCAAAACACGGAGUAGAAAUGGCCGUAAAGUCAGGGCAAAAAAGACGGAGAAUAAAGCUCCCCAAAACAGAAAGGUCACAGACUAUUAUCCCAUCAGACGGAGUAACAGAAAAACUAAGGCAGAGUUAAAGAAUGAAGAACACAGACACCUCGAUGACCUGAUAAUGAAUGGCAUUGAAGAAGGAAUGCAGGUCAAACACAUAGAAGGAAAAGGAAGAGGGAUAUUUGCCAUCAAGAGCUUCAAAAAGGGAGAGUUUGUUGUGGAGUACCAUGGAGACCUACUGGAACUACCCGAGGCUAAAAUGAGAGAGGCCAAGUACGCUCAGGAUCCCCAAACAGGCUGUUACAUGUACUAUUUCCAGUAUCAAUCUAAAACAUACUGUGUGGACGCUACAAAGGAAACAAGCCGUCUUGGAAGACUGAUUAACCACAGUAAAACAGGCAACUGCCAGACUAGACUUCACGCCAUCGAUGGAAACCCUCAUCUGAUCUUGGUGGCUUCCAGAGACAUCAAAGCAGAGGAAGAGCUGCUGUAUGACUAUGGUGAUCGGAGUAAAGCCUCAGUCUUGGCUCACCCUUGGCUCAAAUACUGAAACCUCAACAACAGAAAGUUCAUAUUUCAGAUGAAUUGGUGCUCUCUGCUGUCCUGUUCAAUUUUAUGCAAAAGAUGCUAGAGAUGAGCAGUCCUCAAAAUGCUUUUUUAUUAAGUAUAUAAACCAUGUCUGUCUUAAAUGGAGGCUAAUGCUUCAACUCAUGAGGUUAUUUUUAUUUUUUUUGUUGAAACAGUUGUUUUUAUCAUGCUUUUUAUGUAUAUUUUUAAUCUAAUUGUAGCAGAUUGACACACACGUAAAGUAUUUCUCCUGGAUAAGUAAUGUUUGACAUUGUCUUACAAAAGGAAACCCCCUUUUGUAAGGAAUAUAAUUGACCAUUCAAUUUCACUAUUGUAAAUUACAUGUGCUGUAAAUUGAGGAAUAAAACUUGAGUUUUCAUUCCAGCUA